AGAACCUUCUUGGAACUCUCAAUAAUUUAUUACGUCCUUUAUCAUCUAGCAAUAAACAAGAUAUAUAUCUUAUCAUCUAGCAACACUCUAACAGACAGGAUUGCAGAAAUGGACUCAAAUACUGAAACAAAAAUCAGGUGUGCGGUUGUUACCGGUGCAAAUAAGGGAAUCGGAUUUGAGAUUUGUAGACAAUUAGCUACGAAAGGGAUUUCAGUUGUGUUGACGGCUAGAGAUGCAACAAAGGGUUUAGCAGCUGUUGAGAAGCUCAAGAACUCAUUUGGUCUUCCAAAUGUUGUUUUUCAUCAACUUGAUUUGAUGAAUCCAGUUACUCUUCCUUCUUUAGUUGAUUUCAUCAAAAGCCAUUUUGGGAAAUUGGAUAUUUUGGUGAAUAAUGCUGGAAUUCUUGGAGCAAUAACUGAUACUGCUGGAUUCACAGUAAUGUUGCAAGCUCUUGAGGCAAAUGUAGCUCUUGAGGAGGGCCAGCACAAAGAGAAGCCAAAUUUGAAACAAAUGAUACACGAGACUUACGAACUGGCAGAAGAAUGCGUGCAAACAAAUUAUUACGGUGUCAAAUUAGUGACCAAAGCACUUAUUUCUUUACUUCAAUUCUCUAGUUCACCGAGAAUUGUUAAUGUUACCUCCACCAUUGGAAAGCUACAGUUCGUCUCCAAUAAAAAUGCUUUGGACAUACUUGGUGAUGUGGAUGGCUUAAAAGAAGAGAGUGUGGAUGAGAUGGUGAAUAUGUUUCUCAAGGAUUUCAAGGGGGAUUUAUUAGAAUCAAAAGGAUGGCCUUUAUGUCUACCUGCGUAUACGAUUUCAAAAGCAUCUUUGAAUGCUUAUACAAGGAUACUAGCAAAGCAAUAUCCUAAUUUUCGCAUAAAUUGUGUCUGUCCUGGUUGGGUCAAGACAGAUAUUUGCUACCAUAGUGGAGUUUUAACUACUGCAGAAGGUGCAGAAAGAGUUGUGAGUUUGGCUUUUAUACCUGACGAUGGUCCUUCUGGCCUCUUUUUUAGCCAUGGAAAAAUAACAUCAUUCUGAUGCAUCACACAUACCAGAGAGCAAGAAAGAUGUCAUUUGACUCAUUUCUAGCAUAUUUAUCUUUACAAAUCAUGUAAUUUUCACUACAGGAGACUUAAUACAUUGCAGCACCCAAUGGUUAUUGCAUAAACCCCUACUAGUGUCGGGACAACCUAUGUAGCAAGAAGUCUAUUGCUGCACCCAAUCUUUAUUUCUGCAGCAAGAGAUUAUACUUUUUUGCCACACUCUUUUCAUAUUGUUGCUACAGUUAAUUAUAGCUUUUAGUUGCAGCUGAAAAGUAUUGUGACUAGAAAUUUGCUUUUGUAACAUCUAUAUUGAAGGUGUGGCAAUAUAUGGUGUAGCAAUAGCUAGACUUUCUUGUUGUGAA